GGGAGCUGCUCCAUUGUGGGGAGAGGAGCUAACGCUAGCGCUAGCACAGAAACGCUCGCUCCACACACACACACACACACACACACACGCGCGCGCGUGCACACACACACGCUGGAACCGGCCACAGUGGGGAGGUAGGCUAGGGCGCGGCAGAGGAAACACACCACCAUGUAUUCAGAGCAGACGGGCAGGAACCCUCAUACCUUCCGUUUGAGGAAAACCCAUGAGCUGUACUACCUGAGCAUGCAGAGAGGGCGGGAUCAGCCAGAGAAGAUGGACGAGUCGAGUCUGAAGCGCAGGCUGAGGGUUUGCGUGGCCACCUGUAACCGUGCCGACUACUCCAAGCUGGCGCCCAUCAUGUUCGGCCUGAAGGCCGACCCCGACAGCUUUGAGCUGGAGGUGGUGGUGCUGGGGUCCCACCUCAUCGACGACUACGGGAACACGUUCCGCAUGAUCGAGCAGGACGACUUCGACAUCGGCUCCAAGCUGCACACCAUCGUGCGCGGGGAGGACGAGGCGGCCAUGGUGGAGUCGGUGGGCCUGGCGCUGGUCAAGCUCCCGGACGUCCUUCUGCGUCUGAACCCCGACGUGCUGGUGGUCCACGGCGACCGCUUCGACGCCCUGGCGCUGGCCACGGCCGCGGCGCUGAUGAACAUCCGCAUCCUGCACGUGGAGGGCGGCGAGGUCAGCGGCACCAUCGACGACUCCAUCCGCCACGCCAUCUCCAAGCUGGCACACUACCACGCCUGCUGCACCCGCAGCGCCGAGCAGCACCUCAUCGCCAUGUGCGAGGACCACACCCGCAUCCUGCUGGCCGGCUGCCCCUCCUACGACAAGCUGCUGUCCGCGCACCGCCGCGACGACCACAUGGACAUCAUCAAGGCCUGGCUGGGUGACGUGAAGGAGCAGAACUACAUCGUGGCUCUGCAGCACCCCGUCACCACCGACAUCAAGAACUCCAUCAAGAUCUACGAGCUCAUGCUGGACGCCCUAAUCUCCUUCGACAAGAGGGCACUCAUCCUGUUCCCCAACAUCGACGCAGGCAGUAAGGAGAUGGUGCGGGUGAUGCGGAAGAAGGGGGUCGAGCAGCACCAGAACUUCCGCGCCGUGAAGCACGUGCCCUUCGAGCAGUUCAUCCAGCUGGUGGCCCACGCCGGCUGCAUGAUCGGGAACAGCAGCUGCGGGGUCCGAGAGGCCGGGGCCUUCGGCACGCCCGUCAUCAACCUGGGCACGCGGCAGACCGGCCGAGAGACGGGGGAAAACGUCCUUCACGUACGUGAUGCUGACACUCAGAACAAGAUCUACCACGCCCUGGAGCUGCAGUUCGGAAAGCGAUACCCCUGCUCGAAGAUCUACGGCGACGGGAACGCCGUGCCGCGCAUCCUGAAGUUCCUGCAGAACAUGGACCUGGACGAGCCGCUGCAGAAGUCCUUCCGCUUCCCGCCGGUGAAGGAGUGCAUCUCCCAGGACAUCGACCACAUCCUGGAGACGCAGAGCGCCCUCGCCGUGGACCUGGGGGGCACCAACCUGCGCGUGGCCAUCAUCAGCAUGAAGGGUAAGAUAGUGAAGAAGUACACGCAGGCCAACCCGAAAACGUACGAGGAGCGUAUAGAGCUCAUUCUCAGGAUGUGUGUGGACGCCACGCUGGAGGCUGUGCGCUUCAACUGCAGGGUCCUGGGAGUGGGAAUCUCCACGGGGGGCCGUGUGAACCCCCAGGAGGGGGUGGUCCUGCACUCCACCAAGCUGAUCCAGGAGUGGAGCUCGGUGGACCUGCGCACGCCCAUCUCCGACAAGCUGCACCUGCCCGUGUGGGUGGAGAACGACGGGAACUGCGCCGCGCUCGCAGAGAGGAAGUUCGGCCACGGCCAGGGGGUGGAGGACUUCGUCACCGUCAUCACCGGCACGGGUAUUGGAGGGGGCAUCAUGCAGCACGGGGAGCUGAUUCACGGGAGCUCUUUCUGCGCUGCGGAGCUGGGCCACAUCAUGGUGUCUCUGGACGGGCCGGAGUGCAGCUGUGGGGGCCGGGGCUGUGCGGAGGCGUACGCGUCAGGGCUGGCCCUGCAGCGCGAGGCCAAGAGACUGCACGACGAGGACCUCCUGCUGGUGGAGGGCAUGUCUCUGAAGAAGGAGGAGCCUGUCAGCGCCAUCAACCUCAUCAACGCCGCCCGCCUCGGCAACGCCAAGGCCGAGGCUGUUCUGAGAACAGCUGGCUGUGCUCUGGGUGUGGCCGUGGUUAACAUCCUGCACACGGUCAACCCCUCGCUGGUCAUCCUAUCGGGCGUGCUGGCCUCCUUCUACCAGAACCCCGUCCAGCAGGUGAUUGGCCAGCGCGCCCUAAGCUCCACCCAGGGGAUACAGGUGGUGACGUCUGACCUAGAAGAGCCUGCUCUCCUGGGCGCUGCCAGCAUGGUGCUGGAUUACACCACCCGCCGGACAUACUAGAGCCAACCACGGCCCUGCCUGCCAAACCUGACCAAUCACGGCCCUGGGACUGGACGCACGGAGCGAUGUGAUUGGAUAAGGAGCUCUCUCUCGGUGAAGAAGGCCAUGUCGUUGGCAUGAUUUUUCUUCAGCUACAGCCCCCAUCUUGGCCCCUUUAGAGCAAACUUCGCAAACUUGUUCUUGCGAUGCACAAAGGGGUAGCGCAUGCAUACACGCUCGUAGACACUUCUGCUCAACUCAGUUUUAUGUGACUUUGACCAGGUUCCCUCAGUGGGAUUUUCUGGCAAAAAAUUGAAAUUAUUUAAAGAGCUUUUUAGAGACACAGGCCCAUAUUCAACACUUGUCCUAAGCUUAUUUUACAGCAACACUUCACAAUCUCAGUUUGGUGAAUUUGAGUUAUUGCUGAACUUGUGUUUGUGGAUUAUUCUUGCUUUUAAUUGACAGACAGACAGACACACACACACUUCACAGGAACAUUUUUUUAAUAUAUAUAUAUGGUGCAUUAUGUUCUUGUAAAUAGAAAUAUCCAGUGUGUGUGUGUGUGUGUGUGUGUGUAUGUGUGUAAAACACAUUUAAUAUCUCCUCUCUGGGACCAUGGGAAUUUGGUUUGGAAAAAUAUUUGUUUAAUUGCUGCUUAUAGUUUUUUAAAUUAAACAUUAUAAUCAAUUUAAUUUUUUACAUUUUGAUUUGACAUGGUGCAGCUGCAUGUUCUGACUGACAGACAAGCUGGGUUUUGAGUGUACAGAUAUGUGACAAUGUGACAUAGUGCCCAGUUUUUGGGAAUCCAAAAAGAAGUGUCCAAAUAAUUUAUUUAUUUAGACUAUGGUUUAGGUUCCUAUUGUAUAAUAUGGUAUGGUCUGUAUAUCAGUCUGUAUAUGCUGUGUACAUUAAUGUAUACUUUUAUCAAUGUAAAAGCAGCUGACCCAUGGUACGGUGAUACAUUGUGGUUUGUUAUGUCAUGUCUGAAACGCAUCUGACCAAAUGCACAAAAGUCCAGUCUUAUGUUCGAUGUAAAACCCACUUCGGUUUAUUUUAAAACCGAUUGCCUUGAACCAUUUCAACGGUAAUGUGUUCAGGCAUUCAGUUUUCUUUUAAUUAAUUUAUUCCAUUUUUUAUGUUGAGACGACUUAAUUAUUUAAUUUUCAUUGGGGUUUCACAGCUUGUUUAAAGUGCUUUUAUUUUCAGUGCGGUGUUAGCCUCUGCAUUUCUCCACUGUGGAGCUCUUUGGUGUGUGCUUUACUGUUUGUCUCUGUACCAGAAUUUGUACACUAACAAUGGAUCAAGAAGCUACAAACAUUCAUCCGAGUUGUGGUCCCCCGUACUUUACCUUUAUUCACCAGAGCUCGUCUGUGUAACAGUGAGGUGACAAUAACUUCAAUAAUAUGGCCUGAAUUUUCUCAGACGACUAUCAGUGAGUGCGUGUGGGCCGCUGCAGGGUCUGCAGGCUAGUCCGUUUCGGGACUUCGUGCAAACCUAAUUACUAAAUUAGCUCAAUCGUUUAUCCUGAAGAUAUUACUGUGUAAUAUCCUCAAGUACAGGAGUGAACCAGCGUAGUUUAUAGUGUCAGAAAACUAAAACUAAGGUUACUGGUUGGAACAAAAACAAGCACACAGAUCAGCCCCUGCAGGACCGGAGUUGUGCACCCCUGCUGCUAUGGAAACGUGGUCCUCACCCUGGGAGGGAGGGGCUGUAGUGUCAGUGGGGUAAUACCCACACUCGCACACUGGAGAAGUGUCGUAACGUGUGUGUGUGUGUGUGUGUACGUAAACAUUUCUACACCCACUCAGAAUCUUACAGUACAAGCUGACUCACAGACCCUUGGGAUUCCUUUUAUCACUGGAAGGAGAGUGCUUUUUAUAAAUAUGACAGAUCAUAAACUGUCUUUGCAUUCCAUAAAUGUGAAUAAUCAGGUGGACUUAGUUUGUCAUUGAUUGAUUUAAGGGUUACACUACUAGUAAAUCUUUGAGUUCACUUAAUUUAGUAUAUACGGCAUGUAAACUAAAUAUUUUAUCCUAAUAUUCACCACAGGCUAUAACAGAUUGACCUGGCUUUUGGAUUUCUCUGGAAUAGGAAUGAGGGGGGGGGGAAUUGAGGUACGUGUUUAGUGAGGUUUAUUGUACGGACUUACGGUUUAUUGUAAAGGACUUUACAGGGUGUUUUUAAUGCUUGGUGUAGGCCCUGCAGAUCAUUCUCUUGGGUUUUCCAUGUUCACAGAACCCCAGGACAAUCGCUGCAUCAUUUUUUGUUUUGACUCUAUGUUAAACUGGAGGAAUUGGGAUUUCUGCAUGUGACAGUUUUGCAUCGUGCCAUUUUAACGUUAAACAUUCUUGUUUUUGCCUUUUUAAAAUAUUUUCUUUACCCAUUACCUGCCGUCUGUAUGUUUGCAUGCAUGUAUAAUUGUAUCUUUUGAUCAUUGCUAUGAUGGAGUAAUCCCCUUUUGAUUUCUGAUGUUCUUUCCUGUUACCUUGCAACAAGAAGUUUUAGACUCAAGAUGGUUCAGUCAGUCAGCUUUUAUAUGCCAGCUGUGCUUAUAAAGUGCAGUACUCAUUUCAACUCUGUUCCACCAACAGCGGUGCUCUAAAAAUGUCCCGAUUCUAAAGCGGUUGAACUGAAUUUCAUGGGUCAAAUUAUCCAUCAGAUAACUAAAGACAGUUGACUUGAGUUUAGUACCUCUGUCAGCAUUAUCCGAAAAACAAAGCAAGUUUGAAGAUGAAUGUAAUGGAAGAAGUGUCUGUCUCAAUUAAGGUAUGUACAGUAUGUGUACUAGUUACUCUCAUAACACUACUAGGUGCAUUUUUGAAAGGAAAGUUCACAAAUAAAAAGGUUUUAAAUUAG